GUGGGGCCAUAUAAAGAGCAACAGAACACAAACCGGGCUUUAUCCUGCUUGUCUGUCCCGCUCACUUAGACCUCACAGGAAACUCCCAACUCCCCCUCCGCCCUCACACACUCGCUCAUUAUCACCUCACCACACUCUUUUACUCUAACACACAGUCCCACCGGCUCGCUGACCAGAGAGGAUGACCAUGUGGAGAAUGAAUGGGCUCUGGAGAAGGACGGCUGGAGUUCUGGUGCUCUGCGCUCUAUUGCUCAGCAAUGAGGUGAUGUGUCAAGAUCCAUCAGCUACACCUGUAGCACCUGCAGAUGCAGACAGCAGUGCUGUGACAGAUGCCCUGGACUCUGCUGCAGCUCCAGUCAACACUAAUGCCCCAUCAGAUUCUCCCGAUGUUGGCGGUCAAGACGCUGCUACUGCUGCUGAUCCUGGGUUUACCAUGUUUACUUUACCUGAUGGAGGCGCUCCAGGCAUCUCAGGGGUCACUGCUGCUCCCGGCGAUGUCAGUGUGGCCUCAGCUGAUGUGGUGCCUGAUGUGAGGUGUGUUGGAGAGGAAGACAUCUCAGCAGAUGCUGUCAAGGCUGAGGUGACAACAGAUAAUUGUGAAGCAACUAAAAGCAUUAUUACCGAGACCCCUGCAGGCUGGUGCGCAAAUGCAGAAAGCUGCGUCCUAAAGAUCUUCCAAAACGGCAAGAAUUUGGCAAUGACCAGUGAUAGUGCUAACGUGGAUGCUUUGGUUAAAACCCUCCGGGGCGAACAUUUCAAAGACAAGCUGGGUGUGACAAAUAUUGACGCUCCAGCAUCGUCUUCAUCGCGUCCCAACGUAUUCGUGGGAGUUCUGGUCUCUGGUCUGCUUGCCGCCCUCGGAAUCAUCGUGGGAUACUUGAAAUGCCAACGCAGGUCUGACGUCAAGGAAGUGAAGCUGGCGGAGGAGGCCUAUCCAGUAGAUCAGGAGAACCAGGGGAACACCCUUGUAUCCGUGGCCCCCCUCAACCCCCCUCCAGAAACCCCGGAGAAACCUAGUGUGAACGGCGGCGAGUCCCCCGAGGCAGAGAAGACCCAAACACCUCCUCCCACCAAUGGCCACUCCACCAAGACAGCAGACACCGAGCUGUGAAAGUCUACAAAUAAUCGCAGACCAGGAACUAACCCCACAAACACACCGAUACAUACACACACACACACACACACACACACACACACACACACAUACAUGUCUAUGCAAACUCUCCUCCCUUUCUGAAUCCACUCCUGCCCAACCACAAAGACUCCACAACAAGGUGGACAUCAGGGACUAGAACAUUCUCCUACAUCAACACUCUUCUUGUUAUGGUCCCCUUUGCCUCCUCCUUUGGCUGUGUGCCUCAAUAAACAUCAGGAAAAACUAGUCUGAUGAUGGCGACGGUGAGUGAUGUCGAUGAUGACGAAGGCUCAGUCCCUGGGUUGUUGACGGCAGUCCGGCUGGGAACGAGAGACAGGAGAUGGGCAGUUCUGGGUGGGAAGAGAGUGUAUUUUCAGCAGCACUGGUUCCCAUGAUGACUGCAGCCUCUGGAGUCACAGCCAUGUGCUGUCACACAGCAGAGUCUCUGCAUGUCAUCAGGUUUUAAGCUCCCACCGACCCUCCUCUAGUUAAAAGCAUAUAAAUAAGCAUAUAAAUGAAAUCAUUUCUUAGUUUGUUGUAAAGCCAAGAGGAAAUAAAUCACACUGCCUUGAAAUCUGUUUACAGACUUCUCAGAGAGAAAAUCAAUUUGGGCUCUGAUCUCGUAUGUCUGAUUGAGUUAUUGAUCAGUUGGUGUGCCUUCAGAUCAUGCAUGUGUGUGUGUGUGUGUGUGUGUUAACGUAUACUUGCAUUUGUACUGUGCAUGCACUGUAUGUAUAUAUCCAUACAUGCAUCUAAGCUUGCUCGCUGUAUGUACGCGUGGUUGUUUGUGGUAAAUUCCGAGUGAAUGACGAUGUCUUGAAUGUGCAUGUGACAUUAGCCAUGAAAAGUGUACAAUUUUGUGAAAUGAGUUGACAAAGUGAUUCACCCCCCCCCUCACCCUCACAUCCCCGUUGAGGCGGAAGGAGUAUUGAAGUUUUAAUCACACCAUUUUCUCAGCCCAGAGGAAUUCUCCAAUCUAUCACUGCACGCUGUAGUGAAAUCAAUCACAAAGCCAACAGGCCUCUCUCUCUUACGGCGGUUUCACAGUCACUGCUGAAAAUCAUGAGACCGGCUGUCUGGCGAACAGACGGACGCAGAGUCUCUCACUGUCAGCUCUGUUUUUGUCAGUGUUACUCUCUUUUCAAUAUACUGUUUAAGCUCUUUUCACUACCAGUAUUCUUUUGAGCAGUAUGUAUAGUAUGGUGCUUUUUUUUAAAUUGAUUUUAUUUUGUGUACCCACAUUUGUUUGUUUCUGUGUAUCAAAGAAUUUCAUUUCAUGGCUUAUGUUGUACUCUAAAAUCUUCUGUGGCACUUAAUUGUGAUCCAGGUCAUACAACAUAAAGAAAUAUGUUUAAAGGGCUGUGUUAGAAAAGACGCAACCAGUGGCCCCAAAUCUGUGAUUUCUUUGUCCUGAAUACAAAAGUAAGCCGCAAUGUUCUGAAAAAUAUUCUGAUAUAUACUGUAAGUGGGAUGUCUUGCAUUGAUUUCUCCUUUUGAAUUUUGUAUAAUUUCAUUUCUAACUAAUUGCAACAUUUUUACUAGCACCCUGUAGUUUAAAUUGGGUUUAACAUGAAAGAAUAAAAUGCGAAAAAAUAAAUAACUUUUUAGGAA